AUGCUUCCGUUUUCUCCUCGUGGCUUUCAACCUGGUGAUAUUUUCAAGGCAAAGGAGUAUGAAUUGACGGGAGCGGCUUUUGGAAUACCAGUCUUCGUCCUGGUUUUGGGGAUUGUUGUACUUCUGAUUGGCUUCCUCGGCUGCUGUGGAGCAUGGAAACUGAACAAAUGCUUCCUUCGACUGUUCGCAUUCCUUGUGGGAGUGCUGGUGAUUGCGGAAAUAGUCUGUGGCGCACUUCUUUUUGUCUACAAGGAAAAGGUGAAGGAUUACGUAAAAAGCUACUUUGCAUCCGCGAUUUCGGAAGUUCAAGAUAUCGGGAAUCCUAAAGUGGAGACUGCAGUCACCAAGUUGCAGCAGGAGUUAAAAUGUUGCGGAGCCAAUGGCCCUUCCGAUUGGAAAAAUGCAACCAAGUACUGUUGCCCGAAGGGCGAAACCAACUGCACUACUACUUACUUCACACAGGGAUGUGUCGACGUAAUUUACGAUUUACUAAAGAAUAACCUCGUGGGUGUCGCCAUCACCGUCAUUGUCCUUGGCAUCAUCGAAAUAGGCGCUAUUGUCGCUGCCGUGUUUUUGGCCAAAAAGGCGACUGAAUUGUGA